ACUGUAAGAAAUACUUUUUUAAAUAAUAGCUUUAGAAUUAGAAUUUAUUUAAAACAAUGCUUAGCCUUUUUCUACUCCUGAACUUAAAUGGAUUCAUUGGAGUAUAUUCUUACACUUUCAAUUCAGCCGUUUCCAGCACAAAAUUCGAUGUAUUUGUGAACGUCGGAACUGUACUUUUUACCAAAGACGAUAUUUCAAAACCUUGCUGGAAUGUCGAUGAUUUAACUUUGCUCGCUGCAAGGCGAAUCAUGCAGGACCUUGUACCGAAAAGACUGCCAAAAAAUUUCAGAGCGCUUCACGCUUACGUAAGAAAGUGUAUGGGAAGAGUUCAGCAAGAGUGCUUAUCGAAUAAGACUAUUGAAAUAAUGAAAAAAGCCCUGUUUGAUGCUCUGGGCGGUUAUCUACACUCGGUCGCUAUUCCCCUGUUAAACGAGGGAUAUUAUGCGGGAAACGUCGAUUAUGAAACCAUGGCUGGGCUUCAUGGCCAACUGGCAGAUAUGAUGGCUUUUCUAAAAACUGAUGGGGGAGGCUGGACUGAUCCUUGUGACAUGUCAAAAAUUCCAACCAAGGUUUCUGUUCUUCCAAUGGAAAUGUGCAAUCUGGAAAACUCCUGCAAACCAUUUACUUUGCCGUAUGAUCAUUCCUGUGAAUCUGAAACGAUCAUUCCUAUGCCUUUAUUGGAUGAUGAUGUAAAUCCAAGUGCUAUAGCAAUUCCUUUAAAGGAACGCUCUCUAUACAGUUUAAUGUCAGAGUGUUCAGUUAAUUUACUGCCAAAAUAUUACAUCUUAGCAAUGAGAUGUCUCACACAUCGUUAUCCCACUGUGAACAUAGUAAAUUUCAAUCAGCGUUUACAAUGGUGGAUUUUAAACAAAGUUGCGCCCCAUCUGGAUACGAUAGAAAGCUGGUACCCCGGGUUUGGAGGGGUGAUGAGGAUAAUAGAGACGAUGAACCAAAAAGGUCUUUUAAUGGAUGACUUAUUAUUGAAACAGAAAGAAAAGAACAGGACAUCUUCAGUAUUGAACUCAAUUGUCAUCGAUAAUUCAAAAACUAGCACAAACUAUGAUGAUACAAGUUUUAGCGAUAAUGAUGAUGUUGGUCAAAAUUCAAUCGUCUUCAAAUUUAGCUGGUCUUGGAAAUCCAUUUUACUAAUGAUUUUACUCGGUCUUAUUUUAUUAUGGGUCAUCUAUUAUAUAAUAUGGGCAAUAAAGGUAAAGAUUCAAAAGCGUAAAACUCGAGGAUAUGUCUGUAUUAAAGAUGGAGAUUCAAAAUUAGUGAAUACAUUGGUAUCACUUUAUAAUGGGAUUAACAAAUCAGAAAAAGAUAUAUUAAGUCCGGAAACCGAUUACAGCCAUUCGUUGACUAGUACAAUCAGGACAUACAGUGACUAUGAGUCGAGCCCUAAAAGCUGCAAGCGGUGUUAUAAACAGCAAGCUGGCAAAUUCGACAGAGGAGUAAAAUAAAAAAAUGUGUAUAAUCUUUA